CACAAUCCAAAGUCAAGCUUCAGUCCUGCGGAUCACUUUACGGGCACACUUGCGAGUGUCCAUGAACAGUAAACUCCCUGCGGGAAACAGACACCGACAUAAAUCGAUGUCUCGCUGUAAACAGGUCCUGGUUUCAGGCAUGGAAUGCGAGCGGCGAGGAUUCCAAAGCUCUCGUGAAUCCAGGAUCAAACGAAAUUGCACUCAUCUCGUACCUGUCAAUCUUGUUAAUUUCAGCGAUCAUGUUCAUAGAGGCAGACAGCCAAGUUCAUUUCAUUUUCAUUGAUUAAAUCGGCCGCGAUACCUCUGAAACCAAUCGCAAAUUAAGGAGUGAUACCACUGUAUGGAGAAGCUUUCCCGCGGCGUGUUUUACUGCCUUGCCUUUGCGUUGCGCGUGUCAAAGUUUGGAGACGGUGCAAAUUUGAAUCCCGAUAUCAGCUAAAAAACAAGUCCGCAGUUUUUUAGAUGAAUUCUUUGUGAAGUUUUUUCCUUUUGAAUUAGAUUAAGGUCGUUGGCAUCUAAAUGAGCAUGAGGUAUGAAUUCUCUCGCGAGACAACGCAGUUGCAGUUCAGGAUCAUCAGUUGAAUUAGAGCAGUUGGAAGAACUUUGGUCACAAGAAGAAAAAGAUAUGGAUCCAGCGGAGGAGAAUGAGCCCCGCUCGGAAAGUAUACCACUUGCGAAGAAAUUCGAAAUUUUGGCCAAAGCCAGGCAUAUCUUUGUUGGAAAGUUAGCAAGAAAUCCUCAUCCUGUCACAGGUGGAGAUCGGAUCAUGUACGCGCGGAGUCAACAACGGAAUUUCACAAAAAUGCCUGUCACCGGAGGGACACCAGUAACACAAGAAGUGGCGAUUGCUUUCCGAUCUAUAGUUUUUGGGACGAGCGUAGCACCUCCGAGAGGCGAAUGGCUUCGGACUGGUUUUGUGUUCAGAGAUGCGGACAAGGAACUGGCGUACGGACUAAAAGCACCCCGAAACGGAUGCAGAGGCCUCCUGUCAGUGGUCCAAGCUUACAUUCUAAAACAGCUCUUAUUUGAGAGAAAAGACUUCAAGAAAAAUGAGCCUGUGAUGCAACCGGAAAUGCUCCUCAGACCAAGUCGUGGGAAACAAUUAGAGGCUUUAUGGUUGGCAAUUAGUGAUAUUCUCUGGCGGAUCGGAGAAAAAACAAAAGCUGUCGUCUGUCUGCCUCAAGAUCAACCUUACGUUUCUCAUUCUCUCAAUUAUUUUCAAGAUUCGGUGACGGAAAAAUUGCACAUCUUCGAAAUUGCGAAUUUGGAGGAGCUUCAAAUAUUUAUAAAACGCUAUAUUCACUUGUUUUUGGAGGAGCCAGGACCAGGAGCGCUACUCCUUUUGUACAGUGCAGUUGCAACCCGAGGAACAAAGAAUGUGAUAUCGGAUAUCAUGGAUGAGAAGGGAUACUUGGUGACAGGAGCAGAGGAGGGCUCUCAGUCUAUCAUUAUGUUACUGCUCACCGGUCGUGCAACUCCGUACCUGCAUAAUGGCGUCGUCUACGUCGGAGAUGAGGAGCACUACGCCAUUCCACAAUUUGGAGUACUACAAAGGAGUGAAAUUGGAUUUCUGCUUUUCGAUGAAGGUGUAGAAGAAAAGGCACCUGGUUCCAGACUCAAAACCCCAUCGUUACCAAUUUGGGUUGUUUGCUGCCUGGGACAUUUUGGAGUAAUUUUCAACACGAAUAGAGAACUUUUACGGAACUACCACGCUGAACGCAGGUUCGAGCUUAUUUACUACACCUGUGGUGGAAGUCAAUGUCAAUUAACCGUGGACACGCGGCACGAUGGGAGCAGCACUCAAGUGUCGACGUCUGAGGAUACUGCAAGCUCAUCUCUCGCCAAUUUAGAAAAGCUCAUUCACACAAAGUGGCAAGAUGCUCACAUUCAUUGGAAUGGCACUUCGAAUUUCAUUUAAAGCUCCAUCACAUCACUCGAUAAAAAUUCCACCACUUUCUUUCAUCAUUUCCGUCAUUUCGGUUUUCCAUUUCCCUCCUCUCGUUUUCUAGUCUAUAUUAAUUUAUUUUAAUUUUUAUUGUUGAUGCUCAUGACAUGUGAUCAAAAAUAAAAGCUGUGAGUAAUAA